AUGUGGAUGGGGGCAACAUUCCAAGAUCUGGGAAGAGCUGGAAUUGGGGCUGUUUUAAGAGAUUCCUCAGGUAAGGUAAUUUUGGCAAUGUCAAAGACUGAAAUUUGUGUCGAAGAGAGUGAAGUGAUUGAGUUGCUGGCCAUUCUUAGAGGUUUGCAACUUUGUGUUAACAUGGGAAUCCCCUAUCUUAUGGUUGAAAGUGACAGCAAGUUGGUUAUUGAAGCACUCCACACAGAUAACAUGAUCCAUUCUUCUUUGGGAGGGUUGUAUCGGGAAGCGAAACUUCUAGCCACCCGCUUUGUUCAUUGCAAAUUUUCCCAUAUCUACAGGGAAGCUGGCGUGGUUUGGGCGAUGCGGUGGUAUGGUCCGGUAGCCUUGGGUGGUGGUUUUCGCGGUGCUUUGGUCGGUGCUCUCAUGCGGUCGGAGCGAGCGAAGGUUUCUGCUGUUGGGCUUGGCCGGCGGGCCUUUUUGGCUGGGUUCCUGUGA